GAUGGAGGAUCAAAUGAAAAAAUCAAAAGUACAUCCUACCGGUGACGAUUCGAUUCGGGGCAGCCACAGCUCCGCCGCCACCGCCAGGAGUUCUCUUCAGCCUCUUGCUGAGAACCGCCAGUUCAACUCCUUCUCAUGCUUCGCCGGGCAGUUAUGGAGACCUUCAAAUGGCUGGGUGGAUCAUUCGUUCUGCGCGCGGCAAAAUUAUGAGUAGUGAUCAGAAUGAGAGCACGACUACAAUGAUAUGGGAGAAGGUGCUGCAGAUGGGUGAAGUUAAUCUGCCCGGAGCAAGGUGGGGCCAUACUUGCAACGCCGUCUCCGGCGGGAGGCGUGUCUAUGUUUUGGGUGGGUAUGGGCAGAGCUUCAGCCGGACCGAUAGAGUAGACAUUUUUUUUACAGAAUAUCUAUGUUGGCGUGUAGCCAUGAUGAGGGGCAACCCACCUGCCCCAAGGCAUAGCCACAGCUGUACAACCGUUGGAGAUCGUCUAUUUGUUUUUGGAGGUACAGAUGGGACAAAGCCACUCAAUGAUUUACAUAUUCUGGAUACUGCCAGCAGGUCGUGGAUCUUACCGAGUGUUAGCGGUGAUGUACCAGAACCUAGAGAAGGUCACAGUGCAGUGCUUAUUGAUAAAAGGAUCUUCAUAUAUGGUGGAUGUGGAAGAUUUGAGAAUGGUGACGUCUACUACAAUGAUCUUCACACAUUGGAUACCGAGACCUUCCAGUGGAAAAAUGUCGUAACAGAUGGGACUCCUCCAAGCAAGAGGGAGGGUCAGAGCUGCAUAUCUUGGAGGCACAACAUUAUUGUCGUAGGUGGAGAAGACUCGAGUAGUUCCAGUUCGCCAGAUGUCCAUCGGAUUCAUGUUGAUAAUAAAGUCUGGUACAAAAUGCAUUGUACUGGUGAGAUAUUGCCACCUCGAGGUGGCCACACAGCAAUUGGUUUAGGAGAUAACUUGCUCGUCUUUGGGGGUGUCUCAGAAGAGUCGAAGCUGUACAAUGAUGUUUAUAAGCUUGAAAUUGGAAAUGGAACAUGGACUAAAAUUACAACUAUAGGCGAAUGCCCUUCUGGCAGAUUUUUCAUGGCCGGUGAUUGUUUGGACCCUCAAAGGGGAGUUCUAGUUUAUAUUGGUGGCUGCAGUGAAAAUCUUGAAGCAUUGAACGACGUGUACUUCUUGCACACAGAACCAUAUCGAGGAAGUCUAGCGGGACAAGAGUCUCUGAAGUUGCAAUCAGUUGUACAGAACAUACUUAUCCCUGCAAAUUCGAAGUUGAAAUCGCUAGUGCAGAAUUCAGAACCUACGCCCUGAUUAGUUGAAGGCUCCUAAUGAAGUCGAUAACGCACAAGAUAGAACACCACCAAUUUCAUGGGCAAAAUCUUUCCAACAUUUUUUCCCAAGUGAGAAUUCUUCGAUCCUUGUACAGAAUACCGAAAGACAAUUACUUCCAUGCAACUUCCAUGUAAAUGGUUUCUCUUCCCAAGCAUCAGUAAGUUUUCUUUAGGAAAAUUACAACCUCCUAUUGCACAGAGUUAGUCUAUAGUAAAAACCCCAUUCUUUUACUCUUACAAAUAAUCAUUUACGAUAUAUGGAACUUACUUACCAUAUUGCACUCGCUCUAGGCGUUAUAAAUUCUUUUGGGGCGAUAUCUUUGUUCCUGUAUAUGUUUAGGCAACUGAAAGCCAUAUGCCAAAUUCUUGAGAGGUAGUGAAAAUUCAUGCGAUUUGACUCUUUGUUAAUUGUUUGUUAAAAUCUCAAGUCGGAGGAAUAUUUUUGUUCUGUUUGCACAA